GCACCGCUCUCCAACGCCAGCCAGCGCCAGCCUCCUGCCGCGCUGGGCGGCGCCACUCCACCACGCCUGUCGAUAGAGCAACCAGAGCGCGUGCACGAUACCUCCAGCCAGAUGACGCAGACGUUGCACAUGUGGGACAGAGCCCUGGCCAUGCAGCGCGAGGGUGACCACCAGCCAGCCGCUCAGCACAGCCAGCCCAUGCAGAGCGAGGGCGACCAACCAGCCGCUCAGCACAGCCAGCCCAUUCCCGCGGGGUCGACAUGCGACCAGCCAGCCGAUCAGCCCAGCCAGCCCAUGCAACGCGAGGGUGACCAGCCAGCCGCUCAGCACAGCCAGCCCAUGCACCGGGAUGGCGACCAGCCAGCCGAUCAGCCCAGCCAGCCCAUGCAACGCGAAGGUGACCAGCCAGCCGCUCAGCACAGCCAGCCCAUGCAACGGGAUGGCGACCCGCCAGCCGCUCAGCACAGCCAGCCCGUUACCGUGGAGUCGACAUGCGACCAGCCAGCCGCUCAGCACAGCCAGCCCAUGCAACGAGAGGGUGACCAGCCAGCCGCUCAGCGCAGCCCGCCCGUGCACCGCGAGGGCGACCAGCCAGCCGCUCAGUACAGCCAGCCCAUGCAACGGGAUGGCGACCAGCCAGCCGCUCAGCACAGCCAGCAGAUUCCCGUGGAGUCGACAGGAGGCCAGCCAGCCGCUCAGCACAACCAGCCCACGCAGGAGUCACCGCUGCCAGACCGCAUGCCAGACGACUCAGAACAACGCAGGCGCUACCACGAACGGGUUGGCAUGUCAGAUCCCGAGCGUCAGAUGGCGCCAGCCUCGAGCCCCACGCGCACGGCACAUCCGAGCGGCGCUGGAGCAGCCGACGACCUCGGAGCCAUUGCCCCAAUGGAAGCCGAACCACCUGCUGAUCAGAGGGGCACCCAACCGUGCGAAGUGGGCUCCAGCAGCGGCGGCGACAGCGGUGGCUUCAUUAACGUCAAGCUCGAGACUGAUCGGGCAGGGGGUGGCCACUCGCAAGACCUAAUGCAGCGUGCGAACCAAUUGGAGACAUUCCUGACACAGAAAGGGGAGGAGGAGCUCAAGAAGCAGGCUGCGAAGAAGUUGAGCGGCACAGAUGCCCAGCUCAUCAAACAGUUAGAGGACGCAAUCAAAGACGGAGUGAAAACGAGAACCCCUGUGGCGCAGCAGUUCGAGAGGGCGGUGCACAAAGACCCGAAGCUGAAAGAG